ACCUAUGGGGAGCAUGAUAGAGGAUUCUGAAUGUGUAUCGACUACCGCGCGCUCAACCGGAUCACCAUCAAGUCGGGUUACCCGAUCCCGCGAGCCAACGCACUUCUCGACCAACUUCGCGGCGCCAAGUUUUUCUCAAAAAUCGACUUGUGAGGAGGUUGCCAUCAGAUUCGCGUCGCUGCUGAAGAUUGUCACAAAACAGCAUUCUAAACCCGCUACAGCAGCUACGAGUACCUGGUGAAAUGACCCCAUAAAUCACCACUACUCCC